UGAUCCGGAUGACACCCAUACACGGCUUGUCGUGGCGCUAUGAAUGCUAGAUCCUUUCGGCACUUCGCACUAGAACCUAGCCGAUGGUCGCGACAGAGGGGUCUACGCGACCCGGUACCGAUGCGUACAGCCUCGUUCCAUUCGCAUAAAUGGAACUGCUCCCAGCAGCGGCCAUGCAGUCACCGACAUAUCCUCAUUGUUCUCUGUAUACCUAGUGUAUAACUCCAGCCCGAGGGCAAUCAAUUCUUCGAUCAUUUUCCUUCGCAUGCGUGUUUAGUGAACGCUUUAAACACCCAGCCACCAUGUCCGCAUUCCCGAACUUGCCUGCAGACACGCCUGUAAUAGGGAACGGCGUUACCAAUGGCACUCGAACCACAGCUUUCAAACUGCACGAUACCGCGAUCGAAAACUUUCGCCCUCUCAAGGUCAUUGUGAUCGGAGCUGGCUAUUCGGGCAUCUACUGCGGUAUUCGGAUACCCGAGAGGCUCCGUAAUGUCGAGCUGGUGAUUUAUGAGAAGAAUGCAGGCGUUGGGGGGACGUGGUGGGAGAAUAGGUACCUAGGUUGCGCAUGUGACGUGCCCUCUCACUCAUAUCAAUUUUCUUUCGAGCCGAACCGCAAGUGGUCCUCCCUCUACGCACCCGCGCGCGAAAUCCAGGCAUAUUUGGAGGGAGUCGCGAAGAAGUAUUCCGCAGACCGCUUCAUCAAGCUGUCGCACGAGAUCACCGAAUGUCAAUGGGACGAGGCGGCAGCAAAAUGGCGUGUUACGGUGAAGGACUUGGUAACGGGCCAGACCAUCAAUGAUACUUCGGAUGUCCUUAUAAGCGCGAGAGGAAAUCUGAAUAACCCUGCGUGGCCGGAAAUUGAGGGCUUGGAGACUUUCAAGGGAGAGCUGAUGCACUCUGCGACCUGGAAUACUAGCUAUGACUGGUCGAAUAAGCGCAUAGGUGUUAUUGGCUCCGGCUCCUCAUCCAUCCAGAUUGUUCCCUCCCUCCAGCGCAUCCCCGGAACGCACGUCUCUACUUUUGUGCGAAGCAAAACGUGGAUAUCUCCGUCCUUCGGACAGCAACUAUGGGAUAAAUACGGCUUCAAUGGAUUCACCAUUCCUCAAGAGACGCAGGACCAAUUCAUGAACGACCCGGAAUACUACGAAAAGUUCCGGCUUGCUGUUGAGGAGGACGGCAAUGGUAUCCACGGAGUAACGAUCAAGGGAACGCCGAUCCAGCAGGGGGCGAUGAAGAUGUUCGAAGAGCACAUGAAGCAGCGGCUGGAAAGCGCACCGCAUAUCUUUAACGCUUUGCUGCCGUCAUUCUCGCCUGGUUGUAGGAGGUUAACGCCCGGCCCCGGGUAUCUCGAAGCCUUGACCCAACCAAACGUUGCAUUCAUCACCUCUCCUAUAACUCGCAUCUCCCCCGACGCCAUCCACACCGCCGACGGCGCUACGCACACAAUCGACGCCCUCGUCUGCGCCACAGGCUUCCACUCCAGCGCACCCCCGCCUUUCGGCCUUAUCGGCAGCAACGGCCUCACCCUCCACAAAAAAUGGGAAAACCGCGCAACUACAUACCUCAGUCACAGCAUCUCCGGUUUCCCCAACCUCUUCACCAUGCUCGGUCCCAAUGCGGCCAUUGGCUCUGGUAGCCUUACCACGAUGAUCGAGAACGUAGGCGACUACGUCAUCAAAGCAAUCCGCAAGCUGCAGAAGGAGAACAUUGCGAGUAUGGUUGUGAAGAAGGAAAGAGAGGAGGACUUCACAGAUUAUGUGGAUGCCUAUUUUGAAGGGACGGUGUUUAGCGAGGAAUGUCAGAGUUGGUAUAAGAAUAAGAAGACGGGGGAGGUGGUCGGCUUGUGGCCUGGCUCGAAUUUACACUGCAUCGAAACUAUGCGGAGUCCGAGGUGGGAGGACUUCGAUUACGUAUACGUGGACGAGCUUGAGGGCGCGGACGAGGCCGGGCUGGAAGAAGCAGUGGAUGGCGUGGAUGGCGAGAAGAAGAGAAAGGUGGCAGUUGAUGGGCAGGGGGGGAAGGGGAAGAGGGUCAAUCGGAUGGCGUGGCUGGGUAAUGGAUGGACGGUUAAUGGGUUGGAGGGAAAGAAUUUGGCGUGGUAUUUGUAUCCUGAGUUUCAGGAUCCGCCGGUUGCGCCGAGGCCGGAGGAGAAGGAAAGGUUGAAGAUACGGCCUUUUUCUUAUUAGAUGCUGCGCUGGCGAUGCGCCGGUAGAAUGUGCGUCUCUUUAGAUUAGUGAAGGGGAUG